AUGAUUUUGUUUACUCUUGGCUUUCGUGUUUAUUUAAAUGAAUCAAACAUUACAGAGUAUUUAAAUAAACACACUGAUAUUCCACACCUUGGCAUGUUUUUUUCUCCAUGGUGUCAUCAUUGUCAAGAACAACAUCCAAAAUUCCUCAAAGUAUCAGAAUAUUUCGAAAAUGACACUAAAAUUGGAUUUUAUGACUUCAAUUGCGAGAAAUAUCAUGAAAAAUGCUCUGAAUUUUCAGUCAACGCUUAUCCAACUUAUAUCACGACUUACAAUGGAACAAAAGUUCCGGAUCAUAUGAAGAAUGAUAUAGAUUAUCUUUUCAACCAUGGCUUUACAAUUUAUGAAAAAUACGUUUUCAAUCCUUUAAUUGAAUAUCAAAACGAAGGAAUUCGCAAAAUACCUUCAUUCCUCUUUAAUUAUCCACCAUAUUCAUACAAUUUAUUGAAUAAAGUCCGAUUUGCAAUCAGAAAUCUUGACGUUUCAAAAUAUAAUUUUUAUAUUAAUCGUACAAAACCAGAAAACAUAAGUUUUCAGACAGAUUUCGAUAAUAUAAUUUAUUUAACCGAAAACUACACAGUUGAUUCCAUUAGAAAUUUCGUUGAAAGCAAUAAUUUUACAGAAUUUAACAUUACCUUAGAAAAAAUAAAGAAAUUAGGACCCAAGAUAUUGAUUUAUAUCUCAACAUCCACGGAUUACACAGAGUUUAACAAAUACUACCCACUUUUGUCUCCUCAAUGCAGAAUGUUCCAUUCUUCUGCAUUUGGAACCGAUCAAGUCCUCAAAUUAUUCAAUUUAGCUGAAGGGAAACUUCCUGCUGCUGUUUUAUAUGAAUCAGAAUCUAAUAAAUCAACAAUUUUAGAAAAUGUUGAUGGAUUUUUGUCAAUAGCGGACAAAUUUGGUUUCUAUAUACCAAAACAAACACCAUCUCCCUCUCUAUCACUGAAUAGAACUCCAAAACAAACAAUUAGCCCUUCAAUGACUCCAAAUUCACCUGAUAUUAAUACAAACAAUUACCAUAUUAAUUAUGGUAUUUAUAUUAUUGCUGCUUUGGUAUUUUAUUUCGCUUUUGUUCAUUCAAAGAAAAUCAGAGCAUUAAUUAGAAUGUAUUUCAAAAAACUAAUGUAUUUGUGCUCCAAAGAAACACUUCCUUAUAAUCGAUAA